AUGGACUCCAGGAUGUCCAAGAGCCCACCUUCGUCGCCGCCCCCGGCGGCGGCGCAAGAAGACGAGGGGGACGCGGCGGCGGUGCGGGUGACGAGCCGGCUGUACCUGCACAGGCCCGGGCCCGGCGCGGGGCCGCUGGAGAAGGACGCCGUGCUCCGCCGCAUCCGCCACCGGAGGCGCGCCAACCGCCUCCGGGACACGCUGCGCUCGCUCCUCGUCCUGCAGCAGCACGCCGCGCCGGAGCCGGAGGACGGCGAGCGGCCGGCGUGGCUCGACGACGCGUUCACGUCUCCUCUGCCUCGUGUACCGCUGCUGCCUCACGCACGCACGCUCGACGGUGACCACGAGCGGCUGCGAAUUCGACGAGCAUUGAUGUGUCCCAUGCUUUUCUUUAUAUGUACACUGUAUUAG